AUGUUGCGUCACGUGAGAGAGCAACGCCAGGGCUACGCACCUACCCACACCAUCGAGCCCCGUGGGAAGAGGAGGAAGCUGCCAGCGGGGCAGGGUCAACGGGCCCAAUCCGGGCCUAAUCCAGGUGCACUUGCCGCGGGUCCUGCUGCGCUGGCCCUGACAAACGCUGUUGCUUUCACUAGACUAUCAGGCUUUUCCAGCCUCCACCGCAGCCAGCGCGGGGCCCUGUUGCAGUUCAGCAUCAACACGGAGGACGCGAACUGGAAGCCCGCCCGCGAACAGCCGACGCGCGUAAUCCAGGAGGCCAACGUGGAGCACGCGGAAACGGACUUCGCAGACCUUCCCUUAGGCGGGGCGCGUUGGCUGCUGGGAAAUGAGUCCGCCGUUGGAGGCUGCUGGGUCCCUCUCUACCUUCCCGCCUUCCUGUCUUUCCAGGAGCGUCAGAAAAUGAGUCAGAUCAUGGGGCCCAUGUCAUUCUGGGAUGUGGCUGUGGACUUCACCCAAGAGGAAUGGUGGCAGCUGGACACUGAGCAGAAGCUGAUCUUCAGGGACGUGAUGCUGGAGAACUACAACCACCUUAUCUCUGUGGGCUGUCACAUCCUCAAGCCGGAAGUGAUCCUCAAAUUAGAGCAAGGAGAAGAACCAUAUGGCGCCUUCCUGCCUCCCAGCUCUCUAGAAAAAGUCUGGAAAGUUGAUGAUCUGAGAGAGAGACAGGAAAAUGGAGACAAACAUUCAAGGCAGACUCUAUUAAUCAGCAACAAAACCAUGACUGAAGAGAAUGGUAAUGUUCAUGGUAAAACAUUUAAUGUAGAAUCAACCCCUGCACUUGCAAGAAAAACAUCUUUUAAAUGCAGCACAUGUGGAAAGGGUUUCAAAUCUGCCUCAGAAUUUAUUAGUAGUGAUGGAAGCUAUGCAAGAAUCAAACCUGAUGAAUGUUGUGCAUGUGGGAAAUCACUUCUCCAUUUAAAGAAGCCUAAUCCACCAAGUAAAUCAGAUGAAUUAAUUCAGAAUGGGGAAGCAUAUACUCUUAGUGGAAAAAAUCUAUAUCAAAGCAUUAAUAUUUUGAAGAAACCCUGUCAAUAUCUUGAAUGCCAGAAAGCCUUUCAGAAAGAUGCAGAUUUUAUUAGCCACAUGAAGGAGAAGCCCUACAAAUGGAAUGAAUCUGAACUAGCCUUUAUCCAGAUGUCAGACCUCACUGUGCAUCAGAGUGCUCAGAUCGAAAUGAAGCCCUAUGAGUGCACUGCAUGUGGGAAAUCCUUCUGUAAAAAGUCCAAGUUCAUCAUUCACCAGAGGACUCACACAGGAGAGAAACCCUAUGAAUGUAAUCAGUGUGGAAAGUCCUUCUGCCAGAAGGGCACGCUUACUGUGCACCAGCGCACACACACAGGGGAGAAACCCUAUGAAUGUGGUGAAUGUGGGAAGACCUUCUAUCAGAAGCUGCACCUCAUUCAACACCAGAGAACUCACUCAGGAGAGAAGCCGUACGAAUGUAGUUACUGUGGCAAAUCUUUUUGCCAGAAGACACACCUCACCCAACACCAGAGGACACAUUCGGGAGAGCGACCCUAUGUCUGUCACGACUGUGGAAAAACUUUCUCCCAGAAAUCAGCGCUCAAUGACCACCAGAAAAUUCACACAGGUGUGAAACUCUACAAGUGUACCGAGUGUGGGAAAUGCUUCUGCCGAAAGUCAACUCUCACCACACACCAGAGAACACACACUGGAGAGAAACCUUACGAGUGCAACGAAUGUGGGAAGUUCUUCUCUCGACUCUCCUAUCUUACUGUGCACUACAGAACCCAUUCAGGGGAGAAGCCCUACGAAUGUACUGAAUGUGGGAAAACCUUCUACCUAAAUUCAGCCCUCAUUCGGCAUCAGAGAGUGCACACCGGAGAGAAACCUUACGAAUGUAACGAGUGUGGGAAAUUAUUUUCUCAGUUGUCAUACCUCACCAUUCAUCAUAGAACUCAUUCAGGAGUGAAACCCUACGAAUGUCUUGAGUGUGGAAAAACCUUCUAUCAGAAUUCAGCCCUUUGUAGACAUCGACGAAUACAUAAGGGGGAGAAGCCCUAUGAAUGUUAUAUAUGUGGAAAGUUCUUCUCUCAGAUGUCAUACCUCACUAUACAUCAUAGAAUUCAUUCAGGAGAGAAGCCCUAUGAAUGUAGUGAAUGUGGGAAAACUUUCUGCCAGAAUUCAGCCCUUAAUCGACACCAGAGAACACACACAGGAGAGAAAGCCUAUGAAUGUUACGAAUGCGGAAAAUUCUUCUCUCAGAUGUCAUAUCUCACUAUCCAUCAUCGGAUACAUUCAGGAGAGAAGCCCUUUGAAUGUAACGAAUGUGGAAAAGCUUUCUCUCGGAUGUCCUAUCUUACUGUGCACUAUAGGACUCAUUCAGGAGAAAAACCCUAUGAAUGUAAGGAAUGUGGAAAAAAGUUCUACCAUAAAUCGGCCUUUAAUAGCCAUCAGAGGAUUCAUGGGAGAGAUAAUGUGAAUUUGCAUGAUGUGGAGAGACUUCUCUGAGGCCCAGCCUCAAAUGAGUUUUACCUGAGUUAAACUGAUGUCAGAGGGUUCACUUGGCAGUGUGGGCAAAGUUUGCUCA